AUGCAACUCAGUCCCUUACAGUCGCGGCUGGCUGCGUCUGUGAUAGCCUCCUGUCUCUUACUCGUCAUAUACUUGCUCCUCUUCUCUCCGCAAUUUGCUCUGGCUGCCGACCUCAGCCAACUCACCAGCAACCAUGCACCCGAUGGAUGGUCCUACGAGCCACAGGAUGGCGAAGAAGCACUCGAAUCGCUCGACCUCCGAAGUCCAAUGUAUGAACCAGACUUUUCGCUCUUCGACCGAAGCAUCACAGGGAGGGUUGCGGAUGGUGUAACCUCGCUCGGCGAUAACGAUGCGCAGAAGAGCAAUCUCGAUCCCGAAACCACGAUGCGAUACGUCUUUCAAGUUGCUUCAGCAACCAAGAGGUCAACGGGGGACUCGGACAGGUCACCAGAACUUCGGAGGAGUGUUAAUGUGUCCCUAAGGACGGCUGAAGACGGCGACGCCACUGAUGACCUUGUAGUCAACUCCGAACAUGCCCGUCGCCAGCAAUCGUCAACCACCCUAUGGAUAUCAGCAAACACCUGCGAUCAGCCAGAUCGUAGUUCGCCCACCCAGACAACGAUGGACCCUCCGCAGCUCACUCUGUAUGUGUCGACCGCUGAUGAUAACACCGAUCCCGGACCGGGGAAGCCCGAUGAAAAGCAGGACACCAUCGUAUUCACAGAAGGAGCUGUUAUGUACAAUACAUCAUUGGAUCGUGAUGUGUACUUUAGUGUCUCUGCUCCAUCAGUCUCUGACCAACUUUUCACUACCACCAGGCCAUACAACUUCGAAAUUGCUGCGUCCACGAACGGAUCCUAUCACGCGUAUGACGAAGUCUCUGAACCCAAUCUUGUUUGGGUUGACAGUGAUGCGGCGUCUACUCUCUUGACCACUCGCAAUCUGACCAGCACUCCGGAUCAGGUCAUCACCACAACACCAUACGUCAUGUUCGCUCAGAAUAAAGAUAACGUGAACAUCAACGGCAUCCGAAACUCGUAUUGCGGCUUGAGCAACUGGGCUCAAAUCCGCUUACUGGAUGAUGGAGCGAGUCAGCAGAUAUCGAUUGGACUGAAGAAAGGAGGGACCAACUUGACCACGGAACAAUUCUAUGUCACCGGCCUCAAUGCGAGUUCUCAGUACUCGGGCAUUGUGGCAAAAGUCCCCAGUGCAGAUACCCAGAAGAGACAAGCCGAUGCGUCCGAGGGCGGUACGGUUGUGUAUAGGGCUGUCGAUUUUGAGACGAAACCUGAUGGCGCCUGUACAUUCGUUUUCAACUUGACCUUGUGCGACGAGACCCAAUACGCCGUUCCUGGGAACUCUGCCAUCUUCCCCAAUGGCACAGCGCUUGCGGCGUUCUACCAAAACUACACACAAACUAUGUACGACAACUUUGACAAGUCCCUACAGCAGGUGCCUUGCCAGGCUGGGGCAACACAGCGCUAUUCGCUAGUGAGAGACUGCGAUGACUGCAAGACCGCCUACAAGAACUGGCUCUGUUCGGUUGCAAUACCACGCUGCGAGGAUUUCUCAGCACCGGACACGAAUUACCUCCAAAUGCGCAACAUCAAUGCGCCAUUCCCGAAUGGAUCGUUCGUCGACGAGGAAAUCAGGGGCAUGUUUGGUGAGCGCAAAGCCUUCAACAUGUCCCGUAAUACACAAAUAGAUGAGACGGUACAACCUGGACCGUACAAGGAACUGUUGCCUUGUGACGACUUAUGCUAUCAAAUAAUACAGAGCUGCCCGGCAUCUUUGGGCUUUGGAUGUCCAUUACCUAACGCUGUCUUCAGCUUCAAUACCAGUUACGCCAUACGAGACCCCGGGAACGAGUUAUCCUGCAACUAUCCCGGAUCAGCUCAUUAUCCCAGCCAGGCGAAUGUGAUGGCAGUGCCUUGGAUCGCCAUGGCUGGACUCAUGAGUGCUAUCCUGGUACUUGGUUCAUAG